GGAAGGGAGAGGAACACACUCGCUCACUCACUCUCUCCCUGAAGGGUUAAGAAGGCUCCUGCUACUACUACUACUACUACUACUACUACUACUACUAUUGAAAUCAUGAAGGUUUUGCUGGUCAUCGCUCUGGGGCUGGUGGUGAUGGUGGCCGCGCGCCCCAGCGAUAUCUUCGACUUCGAGGGUGACGACGCCGAACACGAGCAGGAGGGCGCCGCGGGGAGGUCUGUCACCGGGGAGUACAAGUGGGAGAGUCCUGAGGGCCUGGAGUUCGUGGUCAAGUACAUCGCGGACGAGAAAGGUUACCGCGUGCUUGAGUCCAACGCCGUGCCCUCCGCCAACGGUUUCAGCGCCACCGGAGAGCAGGCGGACCUUGACGGCGACGAGGAUAGCGAGGAAGACGACAAGUAAACGACGACGAGGAUGAUGAGUUGAUGAAAUGAAGGUUUAAAGAGC